AGCUCGAUAAAACGUGCAACAAUAUUCAGAAUAAUCCACGAGUAUAAGCUAAAUGCAGGAAUGUGGAGAAUUAUCCUGUUGAUAUACUUUCUUAUCCUCGUUUCCUGUCAAGAUCAUCUGAAGAAAGAUGAAGAUCAUAAAGGAGGUGGACGACCAAACAACCGAGAGCGAGGGUGGCUUGAUCAGCUGGGUGAUUCUCAUCCGGGGCGAGCAGUAGGAGACAUGGCGACUAAGUUAGAGAAAGUGGAUAACGGAAUACAGGACAAAUCCGCUUCUAUUUUGGACACAAAUGAAUCCCAUAACCAAAAGAGUCGGCAAAACAAAUCUAACUCCCAAUUUGGAAGAAGUCGAUCGAAGAAAAUCAAAUCCAAACAGGGAAAAGGUCGACAAGGUAAAACUAGCAAUUCCCAUCCCGGAAAAGGAAGAGGUCAACAAAAUGAUUUUGACUCUCACCCCGGAAGAGGUCGACAAGAUAAAUUUGGUGAUUCCCAUCCCGGGAAAGGAAGAGGUCGACAAGAUAAAUUCGGUGAUUCACAUCCCGGGAAAGGAAGAGGUCGACAAGACAAAUUUGGUGAUUCCCAUCCCGGGAAAGGAAGAGGUCGACAAGACAAAUUCAGUGAUUCUCAUCCCGGGAAAGGAAGAGGUCGACAAGACAAAUUUGGUGAUUCCCGUCCCGGGAAAGGAAGAGGUCGACAAGACAAAUUCGGUGAUUCCCAUCCAGGAAAAAGGAGAGGCACACAGCAGAAUAAAGGAUCUGACAAUACUUACACAGACCAAAUCGCUCUGCAUUCUAUUUUAGGUAUACCGGCAAAGACAUUGGGAAAUAAAGGGAUUGCCAAGAAGACAAACAAACGUGGAUGGGAAAUGCGUAAACCCGGGGAAAGGGAACGAACGAAAAAGAAAAUGAAUAGAAAAAGAGGAAGAGGGCACGGCAAAAACAAAAAUGGAAAUAAGAGGAACAAGCCGCGGAACAGUGGGCGUGGAAAGAAGUACGGGGGUAGGAAGUGGUUAUAAGUUUUACGCGAGCUUUGAAAGCGACAUUAUAUGUGUUCUGUGUCACUUCAUUGAUAAUAAAUAUUUACAUUCCUCAUA